AUGAACACGACGGUGGACCCAGAGCUGCAGGUGGACCCCGCCGUCAGCAGAAAGAUGGAGCAGCUGAGCUCGCACUUGGGCUACAACGCGUCGAUGCUCUACAACGAGUUGAACAGCUUCCUGCAGGACAGCUACUCGUCGGGCAGGGAGGAGUUCAACGCCACGACGCUCCUGGACCAGAGGAACAAGGCGCUGGCCGUCGUCGAGAUCAUCGUCCUCAUCCUGAUCCUGUUCGUGGCCGUCGUGGGCAACGUGUUCGUCCUGAUCGCCCUGUGGCGCCACUCGCUCUUCCAGCAGAUGUCGCGCUGCUACCUGUUCAUGCUGCACCUGAGCCUGGCCGACCUCAUGGUGGCGCUGUUCAACAUCCUGCCGCAGCUCAUCUGGGAGAUCACGUACCGCUUCCAGGGCUCCGACCUGCUCUGCCGGCUCAUCAAGUACGCGCAGGUGUUCGUGCUGUACGUGUCCACCUACAUGCUGGUGUUCAUGGCGGUGGACCGCGUCCGCGCCGUGCAGGGCAGCGGGCGCGGGUCGCUGCGGGCGGCGAGGCUCAUGAUCGCCGGCGCCUGGCUGGUGGGCCUCGUCCUGGCCACGCCGCAGGUCCUGCUCUUCGCCGUCAGGGAGAUCGAGCCCGGCGUCAAGGACUGCUGGGUCGUGUUCGAGCUGGUCAACGAGCGCGUGUACGUCACGUGGUUCGUGGUGUCCGUGUUCCUGCUGCCGCUCACGAUCAUCGCCGUGUCCUACGGCUACAUCUGCUGGGCGGUGUGGCACAGCAGCGGGGCGCUGCAGCCCUCGCACUCCUGGCACUACAACUGCUGCGGCUGCGUCAGAAGUCGCACUCGGAGGAGCGACGUGUCGGCGGCCAAGAUGAAGACGGUGCGGAUGACGCUGACGGUGGUCAUCGCCUUCACGCUCUGCUGGUCGCCCUUCUGCAUCGCGCAGCUGCAGGCGGUCUACGACAGGCCCGAGGACAUGUCGACCAUGAGUUCAGUGGCUGUCGUGUGUAUGCUUCUCGGCUCACUCAACAGCUGCACGAAUCCCUGGAUUUACCUUUACUUCAGCGGGACUUUACUCAACCAACUUAGGGUGGUCCUAGGCUUCGGUCCGAGCCGCUCCAACGACAACGCAUCCUUGGGGGACGAGGACCCCCAGGAGGAGCGCCUGAACGCCAACAAGAGACCGAUAACCCACUCGAGCGUCCCAUAG